AAGGACAGCCAGCUUAAGGUUACUCAGGAGAGAUAUGAGGAGUGUACGACCAACCUUGAGUAUACGGCCUGGGUUGUGAACAAGCUUUGUCAGUGCCGCUUCGCUCCAGUCGCUAAGAUCCUACAUGAGAAUAAGACUCGUGCGACAUCUCUGGCUGUUUACAUCUUUACUCCGACGCAAUACCAGAACCCAAAGUGCAAGCAGUGCAGCAGUUUCCAGUCCCGUGGCCCUGCUUCCGACUGCCGUGUCCCCACCACUAAGCACGGUGCUGGAGCAUGCACCAAUUGCUAUUAUUCUGGGCAGAGCACUGCGUGCAGCCUUCGUAUUGGUAUGGUUGAGGAGUUUGCUAAGAAAGAGAAGGACAGGUUCGAAAUGCACACUUCGGACGAGCUUGACGAGCUCUCAGAGGAGCAGCUUGAGGAAUGGGCACAAAUGGUGAAGGAUGAGAUUGAAAAAAAGCGGUACGCUGGCAGAUGUCCGAUUAAGAAGCGCCGCUCAUAAGAAAGUGAACUAGGGCAAUCCAGAGCAAGAGUAUUCGCUUGGGGCAGGUAGGAUUUCGAAAUAAUAGUUGUUUCAGGGACAAGGAGUGUAGUUAGCAUUAGGUUCUCAUGCAGGACUCCGCCAAGAUACCAGACAAUUUCCUUAAUAAACCAAAGUUGGUAGGACUCGUCU